AUGAAUAAAAUAAUUAUUUUUUUAACUUUUAGCUAUUUGUUAAAUUUUUCAUUUGGUUAUAGUAAUCAUGUUUGUCAAUUGAACACAGCUCAAGGUUUAAUUGAUUUAUCACCAUUAACCUUACCAUAUGGUGGUUACUAUGCAGGAUCAUUCUUUGAUUAUCCACCAAAAUCAUUCUCGCUACUUUUCAAUAUUUGUGGAUAUGCAAAGAAAUGUAAUAGUUUAGGAGGUAACAACUUUUUUACCAAUGCUCAAAGUUGUGCUUUUUAUCCACAAGAUGGUACUGCUCCACCAAUGGGUUAUACUGAUAAAAGUGAAAUUACUCAAAUUUCAAAUGGUGUUUCUUUAUCAUAUUAUGGUAGUAAUACUGGUGUAACUCAAUUAGACAUACUCUGUGAUCCAUCCUCUAAAAGUUUAAACAUCUAUGACUGUAUUAGAAUUAAUUCAGUAGUUCCAGUAUUUAAAUGUUCAAUGUAUUCAAUGUAUGCUUGCCCCAAUUAA